UCCAGGCUUUCACAGAGCUCAAUGUAUUCCUGCAGCCUCUAUCUUCGGAUCUAUGCGGCUUCACCGAUAGAGAAAAAAACGGGGCUGGCGGUAUUUCCAAUAGCCGCAAAUCAGGCCUGCCAUACGGCGCUGCUGUACCCAAGGACCUCUUUUCUACAUGCGACUGCUAUCGGAAUAACUAAUUGAGGAAUGUGGAAAUUACAGAAUGCCCGACAGCACUGGAAAGAGAUUUAAACCCACGAAAUACAUCCCAGUAUCCACAGCUGCCACGCUUCUUGUGGGGUCGACCACUUUAUUCUUCGUCUUCACGUGCCCCUGGCUGACCAAGGUAAUCUCGCCUGCAGUGCCUCUCUACAAUGGGGUGGUCUUCCUCUUCGUUUUGGCCAAUUUCAGUAUGGCAACUUUCAUGGACCCUGGCGUGUACCCCAGAGCGGACGAGGAUGAGGACAAGGACGAUGAUUUCAGAGCUCCUCUCUACAAGAAUGUGGAGAUCAAGGGCAUUCAGGUCCGGAUGAAAUGGUGCGCCACCUGUCACUUCUACCGGCCACCGCGAUGUUCUCACUGCAGCGUCUGUGACAACUGUGUGGAGGACUUUGAUCAUCACUGUCCCUGGGUGAAUAACUGCAUUGGGCGAAGGAACUAUCGCUAUUUCUUCCUCUUCCUGCUGUCUCUGAGCGUGCACAUGAUAGACGUGUUUUCUUUUGGCCUCAUCUUUGUGCUCCACCACCGAGAGAGGCUCAGCGCAUUGCACACCACUGUCACUCUUGUGGUGAUGUGUAUAGCAGGGCUCUUCUUCAUUCCAGUCAUGGGACUUACAGGAUUUCAUAUGGUGCUUGUGGCUCGGGGUCGAACAACCAAUGAACAGGUGACGGGCAAGUUUCGUGGAGGAGUAAAUCCCUUCACCAAGGGUUGCUGUGGCAACGUGCAGUACGUCUUAUGCAGUCCUUUGGCGCCGAGAUACAUGCUGGAUCCCAGGAAAAAGCCCCAUAUCAAAAUUCAGCCCCCAUUCAUCAGACCAGACGUCUCCGACAGGCAAAUCACCAUCAAGGUCAGCGACAACGGUAUCCACGGCACCAUCCUCAGCUCCAAGUCUAAAAGCAGCUUGGACGGUCUGGAUGAAAAAGAAAUCCAGCCUCCUUUGCCUCCCAAAGCUGACAGGUACAACCUCAAAAAUCAUCUGACCUCCAGUGAAGUAGAGAGCUCUCUCUCUGGAAAGACCCACCCUUCAACUCCAGCCAUGUACAAAUACAGGCCAUCCUUCAGCACCAUGCCAAAGGUUCACUACCACAAUUCUCGGGAGAAGAUUAUCGUUGGAGAGGAAUGUAAGACUUCAGCUAUUCUAGAGGAGGGUGUCCGUGGUCACGACUACCGCUCUGAGCCCAACCUGGACCUGCCUGAAUACACUAACGCUCCACUCCAUCGCACGUUCCAGUCAUCUCCUCUGCAGCUGGACUCUGACCCUGUGAACUCUCGCUCCCUCAGCCUGAAGCAAGCUCAGAGGCGCUCCGAGAAGGGCCAGCUCACAGCGCUCCAGCCUCAAACAGUCACCUCCACCCCCUACAAGAGUGUCUUCUCCCCCAACACACUGUCCAACAGGAACGGCAGCCUGUCCUAUGACAGCCUGCUUAAUCCCACCAUCUCCCCAGGUACUGCCAGUGAGUACAUGGCUCACCGUGGGAUGCCCUCCAUGGGCUUCCACUCUCCUUAUCUGCCAACCAAAAUGUGCCACAUUAGGGAACCUGAGAACCAGAGGCAGCAAGUAUCAACCACCUACAGUCCUGUGAUGCCUGUCCGAGUGGGCCGGCAGUCCCCUCACCAAAGAGACAGGGACCCAUCUCCAGUGCGCUAUGACAACCUGUCCCAGACCAUCAUGGCCUCCAUCCAGGAGCGAAAGGAGAUGGAGGAGAGGGAGAAGCGGCAGAUGUUCCAUGGGCGCUCACAACCACACAUUUAUGCCCAGGACUCUGGUGUGUUUGAUGGACCAGGGGGGUAUGGGCUGCCCCCUAGCGGCUGUUAUCCAGAUGGGACUCGCUCUCGAGGCCCAACACCGCCAGCCUACAGUGGCUCUAGAGACAACCUCAUGGGAGUUGGGUUGGUGAACUAUGGCCAGCGCACCCCAGUCUUGCGCCAUGGCGGUUCCACCAUGAGCCGAGCCCUAAGGACUUCCUCUACUUCGCUGCACACUGACCACAGCAGCUCCAACAGCAGCAGGGCCACAGAGGGCUAUCGCUCCCCCACACACCAGCCCCACUCCCCUAUCGUCCCCCGUUCCCCCUCCUAUUCCCACCAUAAACUCUCCUACAUGAACACCCAUGAAAGGACAGACUCCCCUCGUCUGGGAGCUCCAAGAGAAACCAUAAUAGUUAAUGGGCAGAGGGACUGCCACCCCAGUGCCCAUGGCACCCCCCUCAGCCCCAGUCGCCACAGUAAUGUCAAAAAGAUGACGGGCAUCGGUGGCACCACCUACGAGAUCUCUGUGUGAAGACAUCAUAUCUCAAGACUGUAACAUCUCUGUUUUCAAAGAGCAGGUCUCUCCUUUUGAUAGGAUAAGCCUGCCUGCUGUCCAGGCGGUAAUGAGAGGAAAGUUUUACGUGGUGGUUCAUAAUCAUGGUCACAGGAGUGGAGUUGACAAUGAUUGUUUGUUGGUUGUAACUUGUAACAGUACAUUUUUUUCCAACUGUCACACACAAAAUGGAGUGUAGACUAGAGUGAGGUGUAUCUACUUGAAAAAAAAUCCACCAUGUGACUUUUGGCCUCAAGUCAAGGUGCUCUGCAAAACCUGCACUGCAUCAUCUUUUUUCAAGUUAAGUGUUUUUGAUAACACAACACAACUGGAUGGAGAAGCACAUAUGUAGAGGGAGGGCUAACAACUAUCAAUAGUCAAAUGUAAAUUAAUUUAUUUACAAAUGUCAUAUUUUCAUAAAUCUAUGAAAUGAAUGUCUUUUCAUUUAUGUCAAUUAAUUGUUGGAAACAACUUAUUUUUUCUCAAUGCAGUCCGUCAGUGAUCGUUGAUAAUUUCUACAUGGUCCAAGACAUUGGGUGACUGUUGUAUUUGGAUAGAACAGGUAUACCUCAUCACAGUGGAGGGUAUAGGUCAGCAUUGCACAACUUGUUUUCUUAAUAUUUAGAUUGUUUAAAAAAGAAACAAAGCAUUUUGAUAUGUAUGUUAUGUUUGCGUUCAUAAUGUAACAGUUGUAUGGAUACGUCAUUGUAACUGUCAAAAAGCUAACUGGUUGUUAUUUUGUAUUUUUUCUAAGUGUGUUUUAUUUACCCAUACUUUAAAACCUAUGUUUGAUACAUACAUUUUUAUAUCAUAGGCAAAUAACUGAAGCCUGGGCUAGAUUUGAGUGCUUUAUGUUUAUGUAAAGUCUUUGAUGAUGACUAAAAAGGCUAAAAAAAAGUUGUACCUUGCAGUGUAAAAAAUGAAUCUUAUAUAAAAUCUGAUGCGACAGAAAGUGAAAGUUACUCUGUAUUUAACAUCUAAAAGUCAAGCAUAAGAACCAUUAUCACAUUUUAGUCCAUGUUACAAAAAUUCCUAUUUGACAAAAUUCAGCUGCUGUCUGUAAUACCCAGUAUCACUUUAAAUAAGUGGCAGCAUAACUUACAUUUUAGCUUGGGUAUCAAUGGACAACACGUCCAGUAGUAUCUGCAUUAAAAGGUUUGGCCACAAUGCCUUUAAAGACAUAAGAAAAUUAUGUCUUCGGUUACAUUGCUUACCAAAAGUUGCAGAGUAUUAGGUGAGAUCAGUCAAUAUCCUGAUCUAAAGGCUCAGUGGUGCAUUAAGAUGGGGACAGUAGCUAAUGUGAUGACUAAAAACAAUGAGCCAAACAAUGGUGAGACAUUGGCACAUUCUAAUCAGUGCAACCAGUUUCUAAGAGCUAAAUUAAAAUAUUAGUAGGCAUCUCUGCACCUCAUUAAUGCCAAAUCCCCUUUAAACUGCCGCCACUAGUCUUUGUUUUGGAAAUGGACUUCACUGCAGGUCAGGGGCCAUUCCUGACAGUA